UGUCAAGUGCUCCUGGGAGUGACGAGUCAGCAUAGCGAUCUGGAGUGUGUCGUCAGGCCCAGGGGACCACUGCUGGUAAAUGCAUCAGACUGUGAGCAAACUGCAGAGGGGCUGCGGUUAGUGCUGAAUUCUGUAACCUCCAGAAGAAAUGGCUACUCCAGGAAGAGCCUGCUGGAAGCUUUAUUUUAAAAUACUGUCUCUCGCAAGCGUGGCUGUUCAAGGAGAGGCAUUUCCCUGUGUGUGCAUCACAGCAGGUGGCUGUAACAGAAGGAGACUGUAUAACGGUCAAGGCCAUGUGUCUGAACAUAACAGCAAGCCAAGAGGUACGCCAGCCCAAAGCUCAGACGACUGACGCCAUCAGUCACGUGACAUGGGCAUAGCUGGGAUGACGUUCAGCAAACAGAUUUUUCAGGAAUAAUACAUGGAAGAAUCAUGCCUCCCUGACCUAUGUAUGCAAGGAGCCUUCAAUAUGUGAAUCCUCCCCUCUCUGCGUGUAUAGAGCUGCUGAGCCUCCUUAGGGAUGAGAUGCUGGACCGGCAAGAGAUUCUCACUGAAGGUUUCUGAUUGGAGGAAAACAAGAAGUGGAAAACUCUCUCAUGUUUAAUUUCUACCCAAACACACCACUGUCCACCACAGCUUCUCUCCCUGUCCUCAGCUGUGGCUAGGCACUCUCUAGUGUUUGGAGUUUUUCUGAGGGGAGUGUGAUUUAAUUUCGACUUUUUGGAGUUUUUUUUUCCUGCAUGUGUGGCUUGGGUUUGUUUUCCUUUCUUGCUUUAAUUUCAGCAUCAUAUUCCAAGUGUUCCUCAUCUCUAAACACAGAGAUGAAGCAGAUGCAGGAAAAGGCUGUCACUCUGACGUACAUUGGGAUCUUUUAAGGGGGGGAAUUGUGGUGGGCUUUAUCCAAAUACAGAGCUUGGCUACACUCUGAGGAUGACACUAAGUGCUGUGGGAAGGUUCUGACUCACUGGAAUGCGUUCAUUGACCUUUCUAUAAUGUGAUGGUAGUAAUAACACUAGACACCAAAAAUCUACGUUAAUGUUGAGCAAACAUUGUCUAAUCCUAGCAACGCCCAGGGAGUCAAGAGACUGUCAUCCUUCUGUCACAGGUUUAGAAAUCCUUGUCUGCGGUACGGAAUUGCAGAGUCCCUUUCAUCGCUGUGUAUUGCUGUGCUGUGUGAGGAAGGACCGUCUGACAAGGAAAAAAGAUGGAUGAACCUGGGAUUUGGGCCAAGCCUGGCUGCCCUUGGACUGCCCUUGGAGGGUCGUGGAGGUUACAGAGCUGGGCUCUGUGCUUAUGAAGGACCAGGCGGCUUGCCAGCAAAGGCCAAAGGACAGCGAUACCUUUCGAUUUGUUAUAGGCCUCUGAGGGGAUCUGUAACCAGAGAACAACAGGCGUCAGGAGCCAGCAAACCUUGGCACCAGCAGUGAGAUCUCCUGAUGUGAGCUCUGUGCUGAGGGUAACUGGGCACUUGGAUGGGAGGAAAGAAAAGCGGAGGAGGAACAGCUAGCCGGAGAAGUCCUGGCUUGUCUGCAGGUGGCACCAAGCUUGCACAUACUCCUGCUGCUCAGUGAGGUAUGCGGGCUGUUUUGGGAGAGGAAGACAACCCAAGAAGGGAGAAAGGACUCUAUGGAAGAGCCCCUGGGCUGGAUCCUCAGCUGGUAAAAACUGAAGUGGCUUCAUGGAGGGCAUGAUAUGUUGGUGAAGGGUCCGACAGCCUGCCCUGGCUCUAGGCUCCCAGGAGAGCCAGAGCCCUCUUGUAGCUGAAACAAGAUCUCCACUGGCUGUAAUUGCUGCAGACGACGGAGCGUUUCCCCAUCUUCCCAAAAAUGAUGGAAAACAAAGUGUUUAUGUCAUUUAUGUUCUACAGCACGGUCUUGAUUUUAAAAAUGUAUGUCGUUGCCAUCAUUACAGGACAAGUAAGACUCAGAAAGAAGGCAUUUGCUAACCCAGAGGAUGCGCUGCGGAAUGGAGGCCUGCAGUACUACCGUGAGGACCCUGACGUGGAGCGAUGCCGCAGGGCCCAUCGCAAUGACAUGGAGAACAUCUUUCCCUUCCUCUUCCUCGGAGCUGUCUACUCCUUGCUGGACCCCAGUCCCACAGUGGCCAGGAUCCACUUCUUCAUCUUCUGCCUGGGACGCAUUGUCCAUACCGUGGCCUACCUCCUGCGGCUGAAAGCACCUACCCGCUCCGUGGCCUACAGCGUAGCCCAGCUGCCCUGCUUUUCCAUGGCUCUGCAGAUCCUCAUUGCAGCCAUCCCAUAUUGGUAGCACUGAACAAAAUGAGAUGCCCAAACCUGACCUGAUGCUGCUUCAGCACAAAGAUUUCCCCACCUGGACCAGAUGCUCUGUGUGCGUGUGUGUGUGUGUGUGUGUCUGCGUGCACGUGGCAGGCUGCCAGCCUGCAUUACAGAGAUACACCACGCAGUUUUUGAUAAAACCACGAUGCCUGUGUACUGCAACUAGGCAGGGAAAAGUACAGAGAGAAGGGGAAACUCUUCCUUUGGAGCAGGAAGGGGGUGCUGGGGGAAGUUUCUCUUGGUCUUGCUAGGGAUGGGAGGGGUGAAAGCGCAUAUGCAGAUCCCCAGAGAAAGAGGUUUCAUUGAAAGAAAGAAGGCUCGCUGGGUAAUUGGCCCAGCCUCAUUUGGUGACUGGGAAGGGGAAGAUGUGCCCUCUCCCCUUGGUCAGCAGUACCCCAUGAAUCAGGAUGGAAAAGUCACAAUGGUCCCACUGCUCUGCAAAAGCCUUGUUGCAGGGGAGAGUCAACAAACGUGAUGGUAACAGAGGGAGGGUUAUAAAACAAAACUCCCUCCUCGUGCCUGGCUUUGGGGUCCUGGUUGACCUGUCUGGCAGUUUGCUUUCUAGGACGGUUUUGGUUUGCAGGGAAGAGGGGUUUUUUGUUAGUUUCCUAUCCUCGUGAGAAGGCAAAAAGAGUCAGGGCAGGUGUCUACCAGGAAGCAUAACAUAGAAGUUUAAAUCUCAGCAGUAGUGCAAAGCCAUAGAAGCAUUCGUUGCUUCCGGUUCCUCUUUUUGUCUCAUGCCAAGAAAUGCAGCUUUGUCCCAGGAGGAGCCGGGGGAGUCUCACUGGAGACAGGAGCCUGCCUGUUAACAGUGAAGCUGCCCAGAGGACGUGGCAGGGUUUCGGCGGGUCUCAGGAAGCAGCAGACGUUCUGUUUGCUGUGGCCUGAGCUGUGAUCGUCAGUGGUCUGCAAAUGAACUGCGCAGGUGGAUUUGUGAGUGCAGCCCCACUCACAAGCUGCCAACAAGGAGAAGAGGCUGCUCUGACCUUUUGAUCUCGACGUGACAGGAUACACCGUGCGAUUUGCCUGAAGUAGCCAGCAAAAACUGCUUACCCUGUAGAGAGCUGUAUCCACAUACAAAGCUCAAGGGACUCCUCCUGGAAAGACUGAGAUGCUCACACAAAACAGGGGUUUUGCAGUGUGCACACAAAGCUUACUCCCAAGAGUAAUAUGUGCAUCCACAUGCCUUUCAUGCUUGGAAAUGCUUCUGGGCAGGAGAGAGAUGUUUUCCUCUUCUGUUUGCAGCGUUUCUCUGGCCGCAGAAUGGCCUGUUGCUAUUCAGGGAAUGUGCCGUGACUGCUUUGGGGGUGUUUUCUUUCAGCUGUUUCCUGCUGUCCACUGCUGCCGAGCCGUGCACAGCAUGGAUUAGUGAGUGUUUGCAGAAAGGUCUGGAAAUGAACAGAGUGGCUUUGAAUAUUCUCCCAAAGCUAUACCCCUGCAGGAGGAGGAUACCACUGUUCUGCAGUGUUGCGUGAAAGCAGCUGUGUUGGAUACAAGAGGUUGGGACCAGAAUAUUGCAGGAUGACAAACCCUCAUAAGCUCUUCUGCUGUGCAGCUGUCCUGAAGUGCUAAGAGCUGGUCCAACAAACAGCAGCACGCAAUGGAGCACCCCUUUGAAGGACAGGGCAGUAGGAAGCCUCUGUUGUUCAAUGCCUCCUCCCUCCACUGAGGGCAAAUCAGAGGGUUUUACUAAGUUCACAGAGGAAAACCAGAACAAGCAGGAAAUAGAUUCCCCUUCCACCUGUCCUAAGCACUAAAGCUCUUCCCUUAAGCCAGGUCUCUUCUGAGAUGCUUUCAUCGAGAUCUCACUGAGCACCCGUAUGCACAAACCAACGACAGGAUGAAACAACAGCUCACACUGAACACUUGCCCAGCUUGGGUAGCAGCUUCUGUGCAAUAGCUCUUGAUCACAGUGUAGAUGUGGCCUCAGACUAAACUCUUGGGUCAGGUUUGGAGCUGAGUGUUCUGCUGGCCUCCAGGGGAAGUAGGGUCCACCUUACAUCGAAGGUAAGGAGUACUGCAGGCUCAGCAGUUGGCUUUGGCCACUUCUCAUUUACACUGUCUCAACGCAACAGAUGUCUGGAUAAUACCCUUUUUUAACAAGCCUUUUGUGCCUCACAUGGUGAACAAGGUCUUGAACCCCUGUAUAUCUCUCUGCUGCUGCAAGUGCAUCCUGGUGGCAGGAAGCAAAUAUUCUCAAU